AUGAAAGAAAAGAUAGGAAAUCUGUCUUUUCAGAAUUAUCGCCCCAAUAAAAAAAAUAUUCUUGUGAUAGGUCCUGUUCCUGGUCAAAAAUAUAGUGAAAUAACCUUUCCUAUUCUUGCCCCAGACCCUGCUACUAAUAAAGAUGUUCACUUCUUAAAAUAUCCUAUAGACGUAGGUGGAAAUAGGGGAAGGGGUCAGAUUUAUCCUGAUGGUAGCAAAAGUAACAAUACAGUUUAUAAUGCUACGGCAGGAGGGAUAAUAAGCAAAAUUUUACGAAAAGAAAAAGGGGGAUACGAAAUAACCAUAGUGGAUGCAUCGAAUGAGCGCCAAGUAAUUGAUAUUAUCCCUCGAGGCCUAGAACUUCUUGUUUCAGAGGGCGAAUCCAUUAAACUCGAUCAACCAUUAACGAGUAAUCCUAAUGUGGGUGGAUUUGGUCAAGGGGAUGCGGAAAUAGUACUUCAAGAUCCAUUAC